AUGGCAGCAGCUGGUAAGAAUGCCGCCAAGAUCCUUGGGAUAAGCCUCGACUACCGAAACGAGCCCGAGGUUCCUAGGGCUGGUUCAAGCACCUUUGUGGAGACUUAUACAGAGCGUGAGCCGACAGCACGGGAAUGGCUUUCGCAGUUCAAGCCAUCAGCAGCUGCCAUCAAGCGUUACACAAGGAGCUUGUUUCCAUUCCUCGACUGGAUAUUCCACUACAAUCUGACAUGGCUGUUCGGAGACUUCAUCGCCGGCGUUACAGUUGGAUUUGUUGUAAUACCUCAGGGCAUGGCGUACGCUUUGCUAGCGAAAUUGCCUCCUGAAUAUGGUUUAUACACCAGCUUUGUCGGGUUUAUCCUUUAUUGGGCAUUCGCUACGUCCAAGGACAUCACCAUCGGUACCGUUGCCGUCAUGAGCACCAUUGUCGGAAAUAUUGUCACCAAGGUCCAAGAAAAACAACCAGAGAUUCAAGCCGUGGACAUUGCUAGAGCACUAUCCGUCAUCGCUGGCUCAGUUUUGCUGUUCAUUGGUCUUGCACGAUUAGGCAGAAUUGUCGAAAUCAUUCCUCUGGUCGCAAUCAGCUCAUUCAUGACCGGGGCCGCAAUUUCCAUUGGAGCUGGUCAGGUCCCAGCACUUAUGGGCAUUACUGGGAUCAACACUCGUGGACCUACGUACCUUGUGAUCAUAGACACUCUCAAAGGCCUUGGACGCACAAAACUCGACGCAGCUGUAGGCCUAAGUGCUCUUGUAAUGCUCUACGGCAUACGCUUCUUCUGCAACUUCAUGUCGAAGAAGCAACCGUCCAAGCAGAAGAUAUGGUUCUUCACUAGCACGCUGCGCAUGGCGUUUGUUAUUAUGCUAUACAUCAUGAUCGGCUGGCUUGCAAACAAAGACAUCAGAGGUCUCCAUGAUGGGAAGAACGGUGUCAAGCUCGCGAAAUUCAAGAUCUUGGGUCACGUGCCUAGAGGCUUUCAACAUGCUGGCGUGCCGAACAUGGAUACCAAGAUUAUCUCUGCCAUUGCUCCUGAUAUCCCAGUCACAGUCAUCGUCCUGAUUCUCGAGCACAUUGCCAUAUCGAAAUCGUUCGGACGAAUCAACAACUAUGUCAUCAAUCCUUCGCAGGAGCUUGUAGCAGUCGGCUUCACCAACGUCAUCGGGCCAUUCCUGGGAGCCUAUCCUGCCACGGGAUCGUUUUCGCGUACUGCUAUCAAGUCGAAAGCAGGCGUUCGUACUCCGCUUGCCGGAAUCUUCACAGCGGUCAUCGUCCUCUUGGCCUUGUACGCCCUAACGGCUGUCUUCUUCUACAUUCCCUCGGCUGCACUCGCAGCCGUCAUCAUCCAUGCUGUUGGAGAUCUCAUCACCGAGCCCAAUGUCAUCUACCAAUACUGGGAAACCAGUCCUCUAGAGGUCGUCAUCUUCUUCGCGGGUGUCUUUGUCACCAUCUUCACGAACAUCGAAAACGGCAUUUACGUCACGAUCGCUGCUUCUUUCGCCCUACUUUUAUGGCGCAUGCUUUUCACACAUGGAACUCUACUCGGAAAGGUGAAGAUCUGGCGUGCCACCCCAGACACGGUAGCCAACAGAGAGGGCAGCGACUUCUUACUGGGACCAGAUUCCUCUGUUCGCGAAGCAUUCAUCCCAGUUAGUCACAAAGACGGCUCAAAUUCUCUCAUCGAUAUCGAGUCUCCAUACCCUGGUAUUCUGAUCUACCGCUUUACCGAGGGCUUCACAUAUCUCAACCAACAGGGCUACAUGGACGAGCUCGUACAUCACGCGCAAACGAUUUCCCGCCCGACUACGCUUGACCGGUACUCCAAAAUUGGUGACCGGCCCUGGAAUGAUCCCGGUCCGCGUCGUGGAAAGCCUAUCAACACAGAUGAUAACCGGCCAAUCCUCCGCGCCAUCAUUUUGGAUUUCAGCGCUGUCAACCACGUCGACGUCACAUCAAUUCAAGGUCUCAUUGACGUACGCACACAACUGGAUCGCCAUGCCGCGCCUGAAACGGUAGAGUGGCACUUUGCAUCUGUCAACAACCGCUGGACAAAGCGUGCGUUGACGACGGCGGGUUUUGGAUACAUCGACCGCGAACGUUUUGCCGCCCGCCAACACUGGAACCCAGUCUACAGCUACGCACCUUUGGUCAAUGCCACCCCCAGAGUGCAUGACCCAGAGGCACAAGACGAGAUUCGCACCGUCGAUCCAGAGAAGCGCUCGGCGGCUGUCAAGGUCACUACUGUUCAUGGACAGAAUAGGCCGUUCUUCCACAUCGAUGUGCCGGCAGCUGUUGAGAGUGCUAUAGCUAAUGUGCAUAGUAAGCUGGCAAAUACCAGCUCUGGAAGCUUUGAGAAAUCGGAGUUUACCACCAAACAGGAGUAG